AACUGGUCAUUCUUUUGCUUUUGCAAAAUUAUCUUUUAUUUGUAAUGUCAAAUGUUGUGAUUUUUUAGUUAGUUUUUUUCCAAUUUACUAGUUUAUUUUUUUUUCCUUUCUAUUUUUAAUUAAUUGUUGACCAUCUGUGGGCUACUAUUAGGACUCUAGGAUCUUUCUAUUUGAUGCAAAUGGCCGGUGAAGAAGAGCGCAAUUUUAGGGUUCCCUAUUAUCAUAAGAUUUUGUCAAAAGGAGUUGAUCUCAAAGCAAUUGAUAAAAUAUUAGAAGAGAGGCCUGUUAAUUUGUCUAAAUUACAAUCGUAUGUGUUAAAAUUUGGUUUGCCACCAAAUAAACGAAAAACCGCCUGGAAAUCACUUCUUGAGGUUUCAGAUCGAAUCGAACCCGAAGAUGAGACUAUUGAGAAUGUCCACAAAGAAACAUGUACAAUUCUGGAAUCAGCUUUAAACACUCUUCAUAUGAUUAAUGGUCGCACCAGAGUCAGUACUAAAUUGUUGUUAAUGUACAUAUUAGAAAUUAAAGAUCUAUCUUUUGAUAUAGACAAACAACUUGCUACACAAGAUAAUGUUACCUGUAACGUUAUAGCCAUGAGCUUUGAAAAUUUUGGUUUCCCAUUUGUUGAUACUUACUGGUUAAUGAGAGCUUUUCUCUUGAAACUCGAAGACCAGAGGCAAAAUAUUCUAAAAAUGGCUCAAAAAUUCGCUGUUGAAGACAAAGAUUUAGAAAAACAUUUGGAAGAAACGGGUGCCAAAGACGUUUUGCCAAUUUCUGUUUGGUUCUGUCGAUGCUUUUCUGGGAUUAUUCAUGACUCGUGCUUAGUGAGGCUUUGGGAUCGCCUGGUUAGUGGUUCAUUUAAAAUACUUCCGAUCAUUGCCAAUUACACUCUGUUGGAACUUAGAGACGAUCUCUUGACAAUAUCAUCAUCAACUGAAAUUCGUAGGAAACUGCUCGAGCCAACUCCUUUAUCAUCCUCGGAGAACAUAACCAGGAACGUUUUGGAAACAAAAUAAGAAUGGUUCAAAUACACAAAAAGCUACUCUUAAAAUUUAUCAUCCAUGUCUCUCUCUCUCUCUCUCUCUCUCUCUCUCUCAAUCUUUCUUUCUUCUCUCUAUUGAAAGUGUCUUGUCACAAGAAACUUUUUUUAUCAAGUUACAAACCAAACUGCCUGGGCUAAUUUAAAAUUCAUAUAUUACCUUUUCUUUUGAGACUUUCAUCACAACAUCUUCAGUUGAAACCUUUCGUACUGAGAAGUAAUGUUUCUGUCUUUCUGUCUUUCUUUCUCUCUUAUUAUUACCUCUAAUUACCUUUCUCAUGAUGAGAGAAACAAUCUAAAUGUGAUGUAAGCUGAUGGCUUGGUCUAUGUGAACAUAAUGAUUUCUUUUUUUAACUUUAAUUUUUUUAAAGCUUAUGAUGAAAAUCGCAAAACAAACGGCUUAACUUAAUUGUAUUAGAUGUUAAUGAAUAGAUUUUAGCCGUUUGUGGCUAGUCACUAAUUCUCAAUGAGAGGUUCAUCUGUAAAAAUCGUACCAACAAAACCUCGUCAGCGAAGCUUUCGAUCUCUUAAUUAACUCGUAAUUCAAGUCUCGAUAAGAUAAAACAACAAACAAACAACAAAUAAGCCUAAACAAUUAAAAUUCAAUAAAACUGCUUCUUAUGUGAUACAUUUUUAUUAUAAGAAACAGUGACAAUCAA